GCUGCGGUGCGUUGCGCGCAGGCUGGAGAGAGAUGACAAGAGCCCCGCGGAACUGGCCAGACAAACAUGGAUCUCCGUAAAACGCUGAUAUCGGUGCUUUGGAUAUUAUUGCUGAACCAAGUGGAAGACUGUCACGCUGAAGAAGUGGUGCUGCUGAACUCUAAAGAGACUCAGGCUGAGCUGGGCUGGACGUCAUAUCCCCCCAAUGGAUGGGAGGAGAUAAGUGGUGUAGAUGAGAAGUACAAGCCUAUCCGGACAUACCAGGUGUGCAACGUGAUGGAGCCCACGCAGCAGAACAACUGGCUGCAGACCGGCUGGGUGGCGCGCCGAGGCGGCCAGCGCAUUUUCGUGGAGCUCCAGUUCACGCUGCGCGACUGCAACAGCAUCCCCGGCGUUGCAGGUACCUGCAAAGAGACCUUCAACCUCCUCUACGUUGAGUCGGACAGGGACCUCGGGGGUGUGACCCGAGAGGACCGCUACACCAAGAUCGACACCAUUGCUGCUGAUGAGAGCUUCACUCAGGGCGACCUCGGUGAGAGGAAGAUGAAGCUGAACACGGAGGUGCGUGAGAUCGGCCACCUCAACCGCAAGGGCUUCCACCUGGCGUUCCAGGACGUCGGCGCCUGCGUGGCCCUGGUGGCCGUGCGGGUGUACUACAAACGCUGCCUCGCCACCGUCCAGAACCUGGCAGUGUUCCCCGACACGGUGGCUGAGGCGGCCUUCGCCACGCUGGUAGAGGUGCGCGGCACCUGCGUCAACAACUCUGAAGUUGACACAGACAGCCCUCCCAGGAUGCAUUGCAGUGCUGAAGGGGAAUGGCUGGUGCCCAUUGGGAAGUGCAGCUGCAGCGCCGGCUACGAGGAGGGACACAGCAGCUGUGAAGCGUGUCCCCCUGGAUCUUACAAGAUGUCCUCCAGGCAGCAGGAGUGUUUCCCCUGCCCAGCCAACAGUGUCGCAGACGAGGAAGGAUCUGUGUCGUGUGUGUGUGAGGAGGACCACUUCAGGACCCCCUUGGACACUCCCUCAGCACCGUGCACACGGCCCCCUUCCCCUCCUAGAGAUUUGGUCUACACCCUGAAGCAGUCCACCCUGAUCCUGGAGUGGGCGGCACCAUCCGACACAGGUGGCCGGGUGGAUCUGACCUACAGCGUGGGUUGCCGGCGGUGUCUCGGGAGGCAGUGCGAGCCGUGUGGAGCAAGUGUCGGCUUCGUCCCUCAGCAGGUCGGCCUGACGGAAAGAACGGUGACCGUGGUCAACCUCCUUCCCAACACCAACUACACGUUCACUGUGGAGGCCUUAAACGGAGUGUCAGAGCUGCUGCCCAACAAGAGGUUCUACACACAGGUCAACGUGUCAACAAGCCUUCCUGCACCAUCUCUGAUCAGUGAGCUGCGAGCGGAGAAGAUCGAGCAGAAGAGUAUAACUCUGGUGUGGAGGGAGCCUGCCUACCCAAACAGCAGCCGUACUGAAUAUGAGGUCAAAUAUUAUGAGAAGGAACAAAAGGAUCAGAGUUAUUCCACUGUGAAGACCGCCGCCACGCGGAUCAGUGUCAACAACCUCAAACCUGGCACCACAUAUGUCUUCCUCAUCCGCUCCUCCUCGCCGCCGCCCAUCGACUACGGAGCGUACAGCGCUCCCCUGGAGCUGCAGACACUUGGCGAGUUGGCACUGGCGUCCAGUGAACAGAACCCAGUGGUGAUCAUUGUCGUCGUGUCCGUUGCCGCCCUCAUCAUGCUGCUCUCCAUGGGAGUCGGACUGCUCAUCUGGAGGAGACAAUGCGGCUACAGCAAAGCUUCUCAAGAGGGAGACGAGGAACUUUACUUCCAGUUUAAGAUCCCAACACGGAGGACCUACAUUGACCCAGAGACCUGUGAGGACCUGCUGCAGGCCGUACACGCCUUUGCCAAGGAACUGGACAACUCCAGCAUCAAGAUAGAGAGAAUUGUGCACACAGGCGACUUUGGCGAGGUGUGUCGUGGCUGCCUGAAGCUGCCCAGUAAGAGAGAGCUGCCAGUGGCCAUAAAGACGUUAAGGGCCGGCUGCUCCGACAAACAGCGUCGCUCCUUCCUCAGUGAAGCUGGCAUCCUGGGACAGUUUGACCACUCCAAUAUCAUCCGACUGGAGGGCGUCAUCACCACCGGUAACACCAUGAUGAUCGUGGUGGAGAGCAUGUCUAACGGAGCCUUAGAUUCCUUCCUUAGGAAACACGAGGGCCAGCUGAGUGUAAUGCAGCUGAUGGAUAUACUGACUGGAGUGGCAUCAGGGAUGAAGUACCUCACUGAAAUGGGCUUCGUCCACAAACGGCUGGCUGCACACAAGGUGCUGGUGAACUCCAACCUGGGCUGCAAGGUGUCCGGCUUCAGACCUCUUCAGGAGGACAAGAUAGAGGCUAUCUACACCACACUGCACGGAGGGAAGAGCGUGGUGCUGUGGACCGCUCCAGAGGCCAUCCAGUACCACCGCUUCUCCUCUGCCUCAGAUGUCUGGAGCUUUGGCAUCGUCAUGUGGGAGGUCAUGUCCUAUGGAGAGAGACCCUACUGGGAUAUGGGCAACCAGGAUGUGAUAAAGGCCAUUGAGGACGGCUUCAGGCUGCCGGCGCCGGUUAACUGCCCUCCACAUCUCCAUCAGUUGAUGCUGGACUGUUGGCAGAAGGAGAGGACAGAGAGGCCCAGCUUCAGCCAGAUCCACUCAGCCCUCAGCAAGAGCAUUCGCUCCCCUGAUGGUAUCGGUUCCUCCACACUGGCACGCAGGUAUGGUCUACAGGCCCAUUCAUCCAUUACACUAGCAGAAAGGCCUCUCCCCUCCUUCCCAUCCUUUAACUCAGUAGGAGAGUGGCUGGACGCAGUGGACAUGGGCCGAUACAAGGACAACUUCACUGCUGCAGGGUACUGCUACUUGGAGUCUGUGGCACGAAUGACUGUACAAGACGUACUGAGCCUUGGCAUCACUUCCCUAGAGCACCAGAAGCUGAUACUGGCUGCCAUCCAGACCCUCAGAGCCCAGGUCAUCCAAAUGCAUGGCCGCGGUGUGCAGGUCUAACAGACAGUCGACGCACACGCCGAGUCUCACGCUGCUGCAGACAGAUGAUUGGGUGGAGAAGAGGAGGGGCAGAGAGAGAGUGAGAGAGAGAGAGAGCUCUUCCAGACUUAAGGAAAGAUGAGCAGAUCUUUCAGCAAACCGCACUCCUCUAUUUACUCCUCCUUUCCACAGUUCCUCAUGCCUUCCUUGAUCCCUUCCUUCCUUUUUUCUAUGAAUUCCGCUCAGAGAGGAGCAAAUGUUCCUGUUGUGAUUGGGGGGGACAGCAGAGGAGUGAUGUCAUUUGACUAUUUUUGUGUGUGUCCUCUAUCUGCACUUUGACCUUCAGUAACUGUGUCAGCUCCAUCUCACUGGUUCUGGAUCAGUGUGUUAAGUCAAAUGAAAUAUUGUCUCCAGCAGGACGGGCUCUGUCUGAGGCUGCGGGAGAUAUACUGCGCGGCAAACACACACACAGUUAUGGACUAGUGCUCAAAGAAACAUUUAUGUUUUGGGUGGAAUUUCCCUUUACCACAACAUCAAUUCACUAAAAACAAUGUACUGUAAGAGGCAGGAACUAUUUUACUUGGCCUUGGAUCAAAUAACUCUCUCCUCAGAACUGGCACAGCUGAUUUCACAUCAAACUGGAACUUAUUUACUACGAGGACACAGAAUCAUAUCAUUGUACAUCAGAGCUGAUCUCAUGUCAGGUGGUUAAAGGAAUAUUUCUGAAGGUUAAACAUGGCUGGAAUGUAACCUAAAGUUUCAGAGCAGGAGCUUGAGAAGACUGUGCUGUCACAUGUUAAACAGUAAGCAUAGAAGAGCUGGAUGAAUGAAAAGGUCUAGCGUACUGUAUAGCCCUAUAUACAGUAUAUAAAGUGUGAGCGACGGUAAGUUGUGGGUGAUGAUGGACUGUACUUUCAGAAACAUCAGCCCUUUUUUGUUUUUCUUUGAGGCUACUGAUGGUGAAACAAACGCAGCAGGAUACAAAGGGUUGAACACGUGUUUGAUUGUUGACUCAUUUGUCAUACGUCGCUGUCUGUUUUGCUACUUUCUUUACUCCCUCUAUCUUUCUCGACUCCUCCGUGCUCUCCACUUUUUUUCUUUGUGCAUUUAAAAGCAUCUAGUUCCCCUCCACUAGCCUGCUGGGUGUCAUCUCGGUAACAUAAUCCUCCUCUCCAAAGGCUCUCUCACUACCAUGUUUAAUACUCUGUAUAGGACUCAGGCCAACUCUGGAAGAUGGCCUGAUUCACUUAUUUAUCCAUAUUUAUUUAUGUUUACAGACUGUAACAAAAACCU